CGGCGCGGACUCAGAGCUGACAUGCUGCGCGGUCCGGCAAGCUGUACUGGCGGUGGCUGUGGCGAUCCGAGCAGCAGGCGCCAGAGCAGCACGAGCGGCCAAGUGGUCGGUGUGGGCAGCGGGGCGAGCGGCGUCCCAGCCUUGGCGUCUGGAAGGCAGCGGAGGUGCCCGGAGUCAUGGUGAUCAUGUCGGAGUUCAGCGAGGCCCCAGCGGGCGUGAGCCAGGGUCAGCAGAAGCCCCUCCGGGUGGGCUUUUACGACAUCGAGCGGACCCUGGGCAAAGGCAAUUUCGCCGUGGUGAAGCUGGCCAGGCAUCGAGUCACCAAAACCCAGGUAGCGAUAAAAAUAAUCGAUAAAACACGCCUAGAUUCAAGCAAUUUGGAGAAAAUAUACCGUGAGGUUCAGAUCAUGAAGCUUCUGAAUCAUCCCCAUAUCAUAAAGCUUUAUCAGGUUAUGGAAACAAAGGACAUGCUUUAUAUUGUCACUGAAUUCGCAAAAAAUGGAGAAAUGUUUGAUUACUUGACUUCCAACGGGCACCUGAGCGAGAGUGAAGCCCGGAAGAAGUUCUGGCAGAUUCUGUCGGCUGUGGAGUACUGCCACAGCCGUCACAUCGUGCACCGGGACCUCAAGACCGAGAAUCUGCUGCUGGAUGGAAACAUGGACAUCAAGCUGGCAGACUUCGGAUUUGGGAAUUUCUACAAGUCGGGAGAGCCUCUGUCCACGUGGUGUGGGAGCCCGCCGUACGCAGCCCCGGAAGUCUUUGAGGGGAAGGAGUACGAAGGUCCCCAGCUGGACAUCUGGAGCCUCGGUGUCGUGCUGUACGUCCUCGUCUGCGGCUCUCUGCCCUUCGAUGGGCCCAACCUGCCAGCCCUGCGGCAGCGGGUGCUCGAGGGCCGGUUCCGCAUCCCCUUCUUCAUGUCUCGAGACUGUGAGACGCUGAUCCGCCGCAUGCUGGUGGUGGACCCCGCCAAGCGCAUCAGCAUCGCCCAGAUCCGGCAACACAGGUGGAUGCAGGCUGACCCCACCCUGUCCUGUGUGCGCCCUGCCAGUGCCGGGCUCAGCUACAACUCCAACCUGGGCGACUAUGAUGAGCAGGUGCUGGGCAUCAUGCAGACCCUCGGGGUGGACCGGCAGAGGACCGUGGAGUCACUGCAGAACAGCAGCUAUAACCACUUCGCAGCCAUUUAUUACCUCCUCCUGGAGCGGCUGAAGGAAUACCGCAACAGCCCGCCAUUGGCCCGGCCCUGCCCAGCCCGGCAGCCGAGGCCCAGGAGUUCUGAUCACAGCAGUUUGGAGGUGCCUCAGGAAGGCCUCCCCAGUGACGCGUUCCGGUCCUCUCUGCUGUGCCCGCAGCCCCAGACCUUGGGGCAGUCCGUCCUUCAGGCCGAAAUGGACUGUGACCUGCACAGCUCGCUCCAGCCCUUGCUCUUCCCUGCGGACACCAACUGCAACGGCGUGUUCCGGCAGCGCUCGGUCUCCCCCGGCAGCCCGCUGGGCACGGCCAUCGGUGAGGAGAUCCGGCAGGGCCAGGGCCUGAAGGAGGAGCCGGAGGUGCAGAGGCCCCUGCCUGGCAGCACAGGCCGCAGGCACACACUGGCCGAGGUCUCCACCCUCUCCCCAUGCGCGCCUCCAUGCAUCGUCAUCUCUGCCUCCGCAGCGAGCCCUUCAGAAGGCACAAGCUCCGACAGCUGUCUGACCUUCUCAGUGGGGGACAGCCCGGUGGGGCUCAGUGGGCGCUUGGCUGUCCAGGGACUGGGGGGCACCUGCUCGCCACUCAAACCAGCCUCACCGCUGCUGGGGACCCAAUCUGCCACCCCGGUGCUGCAGGCCCAGGGAGCCCUGGGAGGCAUUGCCCUGCUCCCAGUCAGCUUCCAGGAAGGCCGGAGGGCUUCGGACACCUCACUCACACAAGGCCUGAAAGCCUUCCGGCAGCAGCUGAGGAAGAAUGCGAGGACCAAAGGGUUCCUGGGCCUGAACAAGAUCAAGGGGCUGGCUCGCCAGGUGUGCCAGCCCUCCUCCAGCCGGGCCACUCGGGGCGGCCUGAGCACCUUCCCGCUGCCCGCCCAGAGCCCGGGCCUGCACAACAGCGGGGCAGGCAGCCGGGAGGGCAGAAGCCUGCUGGAAGAAGUGCUGCACCAGCAAAGGUUGCUGCAGUUACAGCACCACCCAGCAGCUCUGCCCGGCUGCCCGCAGGCUCCCCAGCUGCCCCCGGCUCCCCUGGUCCUGGCCCCCUGCGACAGCACCCUCCUUAUGUCAGGACUCCAGAAGGGGCUGGGGCUGGGGCCCAGCCCGCUGCUGCCGCCCCACCUCCUCCAGGCCGGGGUCUCCCCGGUGGCCUCCGCAGCCCAGCUCCUGGACACCCACCUGCACAUCAGCACCGCCGCAGUGCCCCUGCCCGCCGCCACACCCCUGCAGCCACACUUUGCCAUGCUGCCCCCGGGUUUCGACCCCAUGGGGCUGCCGCAAGGGGACUGUGAGAUGGAGGACCUGACCUCGGGCCGGCUGGGCACAUUCGUCCUGGUGCAGUGAGGGCACCUCCCACCACCCUCCUCCCGCAUGGGCUGCCGACUCCUCGAAGCAAUAAUCUCAGAGUAUGUGAAGGCGGUUCUGGACUCAAAGCCAAUAACUUCCUAGAAGCGAAACAAGCAAUACGUUUGGUGUUUUGGCUUUUUAGUUAAUUUUUUGUUUUGUUUUCUCCUUGCACUGAGCAGCUGCUGCCAUGAGUAGGGACUGGAAAGCUUCUGAAGAAAAAUAAUAAUUGGGGGUGUGUCGUGGGGGCGGGUGGACAUGAGGGGGAGGAGGGAAGCGAGGUGGGACAGGACAGGGCCAGCUCUUCUCGCCAGGCCAGCCCGGCGGCUGGAGAGGCCACCAGCUCCCUCGUCCACGGGCGCCUUGGGGCACAGAGGGCAUUGCCUUGGACGAAGCCAUGGCGUGAGCCGCGGGCCGUCAGAGCGAGUGUGUGUGCGUCUGUGUUCAGUGGCAUCCUUUUUUUAAAUUAACAGUUCUCCACUUCUUGACACGUUUAUGCUUCAGACGAAAGCUGUGAACUUUGUGCUUUACGUAUCAGUUUUCAAAAAGCUCUAAGGGCCAGCCCAGGAGAAGAUAAUCUGCAAAAUCUUGGAAUUCUCUCCCCCGAAGUCAGUAAACAGAGGAUCACUUUUUCUUUUUUUAGAUGAGGAGUUCUGUAAACUGCUCGAGGGUCAGUUCCGGGAUUCUUCCUCCGAGCCAGGAGGAAGAGCCUUGAAGGGGCGGCCGGCUGCGAGGCGGGCUCUGUCCCGACACUUGGCACCGGUCCCAGGUGCCUGCCUGGGAAGUUACCUCCUGCCACACAUCUUUCCGCUGCUAAUUAAGUUUUAUGCAUUUCAUUAUCAGGGUCCAAAAACGAACAACUGGCCGGGGUGGGGGGGGUGUGGACCUGUGCAAUAGGGCGAGGCCGGGCUGGGCCACAUAGACAGCGCCCUUGCCGCACUCACGGGUCACUGUCAGCGGAAGGCCCGCCUCCCCCAGGCUCACGCCUGCUGGGCUUUGGUUCAAGAAAGUGGAGUGAGAGGUCAGGUCAGUGUCGCUCAGCUUUGUCCCUUUGUAAGCAGAUGCUGUACAUGUGUGUAAAUAAGACAGACAGACACUACUUAUUUUUUAUAUUUUUACUACACCGUUGUGUUCCUGGUUUAAGUUUCCCUCUGGCAACAUUACAAAGUGCUGCACCAGGUCCACGUGUGGGAGAGGGAGAUGCGGCUGCCCUACCUGGCGGGCGGACUCAGGUGGCCUCUCGGUGGCCCAGAGGCCUCUGGAUGGAGGGGGUGGCUGCCGAGUGCUCCCUCUGCCCGGUCCGCCCCAGGCCUCCGCCCCCAGGUGCCUUCAGCUCCCUUGCUCCUACACCCUCAGUAUUAAUCAGGUGGCGACAGCAGGGGAGCUGGGCAUCUGUAAAAGCCAAAGAUCCCUGGCGUCCCCGGAGAGCAGGACAGCGGUGGCCCAGCCGGUCACAGCCCUGCCUGCCCUGUGUCUGCGUGUGCCCAGCUCUGCUGCUCUCCCUCCUGCCACCGCUCCUGCUGCUCUGGCUGCCUCUGAGGGAGGCCUGUCCUUGCCCUCGGCUGCUGAGGAAUCUCCAAAGCCUCCCGCUGACAUGUCGGGAAGGUUGGGGACUGAGAGGACCUGGCGUGGCACCGCUGCGGCCCUUGCCUCCUCACAGGUGGCACCAGGACCCCAGCACAGAACCCGUUCCCCUUUUGAAGUUCAUUUCUGUCGUCAUGCCAGAGAUCAAAGGCCUCCGAACCACAACAAGCACUUUACUUCCAUGUGGUUGUUUUCUCUCUCGUCGCUGUAAGUCAGGCUGUGCGUCUUGUUUUUAAGUGUGUGUGACGUGUGUGUUCCGUGUGUGUCCGGGUUUCUCAGCAGCACCGUUCUCGAGUGACUGUGGUGGCCUGGUGGAAGGCACUGCGUGACCUGAUUAAAAUGUAUAUGGUUUGUUUUUUUUUACCAUAACUGAAUUAUUUCUUUUCUUAUGUUAACAAUGAGAAAUGUAUGCCAAAUGAUUAGUGGAUGUAUGUUUUUUAAUUUAAUAUUUAAAUAAAAUAUUUGGGGGAAAAACCCUGACUUUUUCA